AUGCAGUUCUCUUUUCACCCAGUGCGCUACGCAGAACGAUUUUGUUCUUGCAAGCUGCUCGCUUCUCUCGAGAAUUGUUUUCUAGAAGACCGAACGCGCGUAUCGACCCUUGGAACUCAGCAGCAAGUGUAUCAGCACAACCUGACCAUUUUGGACCCCGCCGAAGCUCUUAAAAAGGUGGCAAUAUCGCUUUCAUUUUACACGUUAAGACAUGCGAAAGAAAAUUACGAUAUCCCUGUUGCCCGAAACCAUCAGCUUUCGUCAACGUGA